AUGAUUAAUUUGAUAAAAGUGGUAUGCUGUGUUUUGGUGUGGUGUGGUGUGGUGUGGUGUGGUGUUCUGAUAGUCCAAUUCACUGGUGUAUUCUUCCCUUUGGACGCCGAUGACGGGUGCCUUGAAUUCGGAAUGGAAUCCAUAUGGGCUCAGAUGGCAGUUGGCGUUUUGGGCAGGAUUAUGAUUAUGAUUAUGAUUCUUGUCAAUUAUCAACUGUCAAUAACUUAUUCCGAUCUCGAUCUCGAUCUCGCUCUCGCUCUCGCUCUCUCUAUCUCUUUUGGCUGUGCCACUUUAAUGAGGUCCGAGGCUGUUCUUCACACCCAAAAUCAAGAACUCCAAAUACACAUCUUGGUAUUACCUGCAAAGGCUAUUCAGUCUGGUCUGGUCUAUUCGGGCUUGGUCUAG